AUGUCUCUUCCCACACGAACGCUCGGACGCAAUGGCCCCCAGGUAACUGGCAUCGGGCUGGGCCUCAUGUCCUUUGCGGGAUGGUACAAACAGCAGGACACGAGCGAGGAGACGGCGCUCGCUUUCCUCGAUCGCGCCUAUGAGCUGGGUGAGCGAUUCUGGGACACGGCCGACGUCUACACCAACAGUGAAGCGCGCGUCGGAGCCUGGUUCAAACGCACUGGCAAGCGCAAUGACAUCUUUCUUGCGACCAAGUUUGCCCUACGCAACACGCCCGAGGGCCGCGUCCUCGACAAUGACCCGGCGUACGUCAAGGAGGCUUGCGCCAAGAGUCUCGAAACGCUCGGCAUCGAAACCAUUGAUUUGUACUAUUGCCAUCGCGUGGACGACAAGACGCCAAUUGAACAUACCGUCAAGGCCAUGGCCGAGCUCAAGGCCGAGGGCAAGAUUCGCUACCUCGGACUGUCGGAAUGCUCCGCAGCCACGAUCCGCCGCGCGCAUGCCGUGCAUCCCAUUACCGCGUACCAAGUCGAGUACAACCCUCUCUUCCUCGACAUUGAGUCUCCCCAGAAUGCAAUUCUGCAGACGUGCCGGGAGCUGGGCAUCGCCAUUGUCGCAUACAGCCCCGUGGCACGCGGACUCCUGACAGGUGCGGUCAAGUCGCACGCGCAACUGGCCAAGGACGACUUUCGCGCGGCAGUGCCCAAGUUUGGCGAGGCCAACUUUCCCAAGAUUCUGGCUUUGGUGGACCGCAUCCGUGCCAUUGGCGACAAGCACGGCGCGACACCGGCGCAGGUUUGCCUAGCGUGGGUAGCAGCGCAAGGCGACGACUUUAUCUCGAUCCCGGGCACCACGACGAUAAAGUACCUGGAGGAAAACGUCAACGCGAUACACGUCAAGCUCAGUGCGGAGGAGGUUGCGGAGCUACGCAAAUAUGCCGAGGCGACAGACCUGCCUGGUGAUCGGUACCCGGCUAGCUUUGGUGCUUUGUUCCGUGACGCUGUACCUCUACAGUAA